UUACACUAUUCUGCCCAAAUCAUCCCUGCUCAUCUGUGAUUUGCGUGAUUUAACCGGUCCAAAUGUAGAGGUAAUUGGACGCAUUUCAAUUGCGAUUAGUUGGGCGCUUGAACACAAGCCAAAAACGAGGGCACAUUUAGACAUCAUGAUGAAGUGGUGUAGCUUCAAUGUGUGAAGUUCUCGAGCAUGAUUGAUGUUUUGUUUAAUGAUGCGACUGUGGCGAGGUUUCGGGCUGAAGGAAUAAUUUUAAUUCGUUGUAGGAGCGAUCAUGGCGAUGCUGGCUCGGAGGAAGGGCCUCACCCUAGCGACUGAUUAUUUGAUCGCACUGAGGAGGAGUUCCCAGAGGCCGGCAUUUCCGAAUGGAAUGGUUGAGGAAGGCUUGAAGAAGACAGGGCUGGAGCGGAGUGCGGAAUUGGGUUUGGGGGUGGAAUCGUUGCUUGGGAUCGGAGCCAGGAGAGGGAUCAGCGGCGUAGCCAGAUGGGUUGGAGAGGGGAGUUUGGGAGAGAAGCAUCAGCAGGGGUUAGCAUUGCUGGGGCGACGGAAUUUCAAUUUGUUAUCGUUACGGGAUCAGUUCAAGGGUGCCACUGCGAAGGCAAAGAAUACAGUGAUGGCCAAGGGGGCUGGCUCUUCUAGGGCACCUGAGAGCGUUUGGAAGCCUGUGAAUACGGCAAAGAAAACCGUGAUCGGGUACAGGGAAGCGUUGGGGCUUCAGUUGGAGGCCUUCUGGAAGAGAAACUACUUGGCUGUGGUCGGGGCUGUAGGGCUUGGGGUUUGUUUGCUUCUAUGGCGCAUCAUGUUUGGGAUUGCUAGCAUGUUCGUCAACCUUUCUGAGGGUAUGGCCAAGUUUGGUUUUCUGGCUCUUGCCGCUGCCAUGGUUACCGUAGGGGGAAUUUGGUUGAGGUCCAGGGUCACCAUCAAGCCGGAUGCCGUUUAUCGUAUUGCGAUGAGGAAAUUGAAUACCUCGGCACCAGUAUUAGAAGCAAUGGGUGCCCCAUUAAGAGGGACCGACUUGCGUGCCUAUAUCAUGUCUGGAGGAGAUCUAAGAAUUAAAAGCUUCAGACCUCGACUGAGCAACAAGCGCUGUUUUAUCAUAUUCCCCGUCUCUGGAGCAGAGAGGAAGGGGCUCGUGAGCAUCGAAGUGAAGAAGAAGGGAGGCCAGUAUGAUUUUAAGUUGCUUGCAGUGGAUAUUCCAACAAUUGGUGCUGAUCACCGGGUUUACCUAAUUGGGGAUGAGAAUGAGUACCGAGUAGGUGGAGGACUCAUUUCUGACCUUCGAGAUCCUAUUGUCAAAGCUAUGGCCGCUCAGAAGGAAUUUGAGGAACGUGAUGAAAAAGAGGAACAGGAUGACCUUCGACGGGAAUGGGAACAUAAACAGGCCAGUGAAAGGGAGAGGAUUGAAAAACAGGAACGGGAGGCAGCUGCGGCAGAACAAGCUGCCACAGAGCAAGCUGUUAAAGAUGCUGCAGACGAGGAGCUUAAGAAAUCCCAGGAAGCUGAACGUUUGCGACAGGAAGCCAUGAAAGCCUGAGUGUUAUGCCUUCUUUCAAGCUCUUGUUGUAUUCAGGUUCCUGAGUGGUGUACCAGAGGCCAGGUUGAAGUGUCGUUUUUAGAGGAAUGGUUGAAUAAUUAUCAGCUCUGCUUGUGGCUUCAUAUCUGAAUUAUCGGUGUUUGGGUAGUCAGUUCUCCCAAACAUAGCCCUCAGUGGAGGUGUUACUGCUUGGAGCCUUUGCAGUGUCAGCUCUGGAAACGAUCUCCGAAUCUUCAGGUGUCGGCACAAAACUCCUUUGUCAUUAGUCAUGUCAGCGUUCUGAGGGAUGCCCUGGUAUCAUUGCUUAUGUUCUCAAGUCACAUUAAAGCAUUAACGAGUGGUGGUCUGCUUUAGCUAAGCCUUUCCGAGUACAUGGGAAACUGUGAGAUAUUGCGAUGAAAUCUGCAUUUCAAGUAUGUUCAGCUUACCAGAUUCAGUGAAGAAGCGGGAAGCAUUCUUUCAGAUAUCUUUUGGAUGAAAAGUUCAUUACCUGAACGUGUUGAGUUCACCAAACUGAAAACCUCAGGAGGGUUGCACCUUAGAUGUAUGAAGUGAAGCAUUUGCGAGCACUGCGAAGAAGCGUUUGUGUCAUAAUGCUGUUUCAGGUUCAACAUUGAUGCUCUGAAGGAGAUGAGUGUUGGUAUACAAUUCUGCCACCAUCCAUGUAUUUGCCUUCCACUACAUUACUAGUCGCCUACCCUUUUCCAGAAAAGCCGUCAAAUCGCCGUCUGAAAGGAACCUAAAUGUUAGUCUACACCCUUCCGGAAGCUAUGCCAUGAAAGAAGUAUACUUGUGACGGAUCAUCGAAGCUUGUGGAUCGAAAAUAGACCAUGGAUCGGUGAAAACAGGCGAGCAGGACAGCUAGGCUCAUGCUUACGCUGAUGAUGACAGUGACUUUUGCUGAGAGGGUUUUCAUGACUCUGUUACCUCGUAUGGGAAGUUUUACAUUUAAUAUUAUUGUAAUUUAUUCCUCAUUAUGGAGUGUUGAAGAUCAUAUUAUCGUC